AUUUCAAACUUUCGAUUUAAGGGGUAAGACAUGUAUUUAAGCCCCUGCGUAGAGCCGACAUCGUUGCACAGUAACAUCCAAAGCUCUCUCUAUGUGCUCCGGUCGCCGUCUCCACCAUUCAUUCACCGGCACGCACCCUCACUCGCGUUCACACGCUGGGUGUUAGACGAGUAGAUGCACAUUCUUACUCUGGACUAACACUUUGUCGGAAGUCGGGUUUGGUUUGAGCUAACUUGCGCGAACUGUUAGCAUUGCACGGAACGAUGAGAACGCUCGUGUUUGUCUUCUGUUCUCUGGCUUAUUUUGGAGCAACACAACAGGACGAGACUAAAGGUGUCUCCAGAACGUACGUCAAGGAGGGGGAAGAUGCCGUCCUUCACUGUUCUUCUGUAGAAAGCCUUGAGAACACGGUGGUAGACUGGACGAACCAAGAUAAAGAAGAGGUGUGCCUCUACGAUAGAGGCCAGCACUGUGAGGACAGGCGGGACAAUCAGGACGAGCAGUACAAAGGACGAGUGUCACUUUUCUACGACGAGCUGAAGAACGGAAACGCAUCCUUGAUCCUCAACAACACAAGGAUUGAAGACACGGGGACUUACACCUGCAUACUUCCACAUUUGAGUUCUGGAAUCCAAAGCUCCACGAUUGAGCUCUUUGUCGAGCGGGUCUACAAAAACCGAUUUGGACUUAAAAAAGGAGCCGUUCAUGUACCAUACCUCAAGAUUGUUAAAGAGUCAGAGGCCGGCGUGGAGCUCCAGUGUGUGGUCAGAGGUUCUUCAUCAAAGCCGAGUGUAGAGUGGCAGACGUGUGAAGGAACCUCUCUUAAUUCAGAGGAGCCACUGGUCUCUGAGACACGAGGCCGUUAUGACACCACGCUCCUCGUCACUGUGACGGAGACGAAGACCAACUGCUUCCGCUGCGUGGUCAAACAGGAGGACAUUUACCACAGGAUUGAUGAUAACAUCAUUGUGUCAGAGAAACUCUUUGAGAAAAAGUCCUGCAACGUUACUCAAGAUCCCGUUACUCGUGGCUUUGAUGCAGGUUUGCUCGUAGGCGUCUGGUUUUCUGGAGUCGUCAGUCUCGCGUUACUUCAGGGUUUAGCUUUGGCUCUGUAUCUGAUCAUCAAAAGAUGCAGGAAACCACGCCUAAAUGUCGACAAUGUAGAAAACGGUAACCAACGAGAGAACAGGGAUGAUUCAGUGAAGGGGAACAAGGUGGAGAUAUGGAGCACAUGACCUCAGAUCAAAACAUUGGAAACGGAAUCACUGACACCAAGAACAUGAGGAAUGGAACAGUGAAGACAGAGGAGGAGACAGAGGAGAAGACAGAGGAGGAAACAGAGAAGGAGACAGAGGAGGAGACAGAGAAGCUCUUGUCCAGUGACAGCUCAGGUUCAGCUUCUGACCCCGGGGCCAAGAGGAGAAAAAAAUCCCACUUUGAAUGUAAAAAUAACCCAAACGAUAUGAAGUUAGUCAUAUGAGCUUCAAAUGUUAUCAGGUUUGUGUCUGUAGACGUGUUCGGGGUCGGUCUCUUGUGUCACGUAUGAAGUUUCGAAGCGAUCGAUCAAUGCAUGUUGAAGUUUCAGGGCACUUCCUGUUUCGUGCCAAAUGGUCGGUUUUUAUGUUGUAUGAUAAACGCCCACUUCCUGUUGAGUUGAGGCCGUGGUCCCAAUGGACUCUUUUGUUCGUCUUGAUCUAUUACGAGUUCCCACCAAGUUUCGUGAAAUUUGGUGGAACUUAAUUUUGACUUGCUCCAUCCACCUUUGGCCUUAGGGGGCGCUAUAGAGCUGUUAUCUGUUCUUCCUUCAGAUUAUUAUAAUCUCCGUGGCUUUGCGAUCAUUUUUGAGCGGGUUAACUUGAAACUUAGCAUGGAGGUCAGGUCUGUUGAAAAUGUGAUAUUGGCAUAGUUCCCCGACCUGUGCUUUGCUCAAGUGUUGUUAUAGCGCCCCCUAAGGUGAAAACAGAGGCAAAAUUGAGUUCCUCCAAAACUAGGUGGAAAGAUGUCACAGACCAAGACGAACAAAACAGUUGACCGUAACCAUGGCCUCAACUCAACAGGAAGUCGGCCACUUUGGCGAUUUAGAUAAAGAUAAGAUAAGAUGGCGCCACGGACGGCUGCCUCGGUGCUUCGCUCCGCAGUACUUUGUUUGUUUUUGUUUAUUUGUCGCGUUCUUAGUUGUCCCUCCAUCAUCCAAUACACUCGAGAGGAACUUUUACAGUCUGAACAUUCAUCUGGUCACACUUUUUCGCCGUUUCCCAGCGAUUCUGGUGUAUUCACGGAAUUUUUAGUUGGAGGAGCAGCAGCUCUCUGUAGGAUGUUCAGGAGACGCAGACGGGGCAAGCGAGCCGGCGCGCUCGUUAAGCUCAGACAGCGGGGUUUUCGGACAGCGCUCCCGUCUAUACAUCUGGCGAAUGUCUGCUCCCUGAACAAUAAGAUGGAGGAACUGCUGCUUCUCAACAGUAGAAACUCGGACCUUCACAGAUCUGCUGCCCUGUGUUUUACUGAAACCUGGCUCAGUGAAUACAUCCCGGACACCGGAUUACAUCUUCCAGACUUUCAACUUCUCCGUGCGGACCGCGUAACGGAGCUCUCGGGGAAGAGGAAGGAAGGUGGAAUCCGCUUCUAUGUUAACGAAGGUUGGUGUACAGAUGUCACAGUGUUGCGCAAAUCAUGCAGCCCUCACUUGGAGUCUUUUUUCAUAAACUGCAAGCCGUUUUAUUCACCGCGGGAGUUCUCCUCGUUUAUUCUGGUUGGUGUUUACAUCCCACCUCAGGCGUGUGUUACUGAGGCUUUACAACACUUGGCUGACCAGAUAACGGACAUGGAGAGGAAACAUCCAGAUUCCCUGCUCAUUGUUCUUGGGGACUUUAACAGAGCAAACCUCAGCCGUGAACUGCCAAAAUACAAACAACAUGUUAAGUGUCCCACUAGGGACAAAAACACUCUGGACCAUUGCUACACCAUCUUAAAGGAUGCAUAUCGCUCUGUCCCCCGUGCAGCCUUGGGGCUCUCUGAUCACUGCAUGAUCCAUCUUCUCCCAAACUACAGGCAGAAAUUCAAAUCUGCUAAGCCUGUAGUGAAGACUGUGAAGAGAUGGACCACAGAGUCAAAGUUGGAGUUACAGGCCUGCUUUGACUGCACAGAUUGGAGUGUUUUUGUGGCUGCUGCUACAGAUCUGGAUGAACUCACUGACACUGUGACAUGCUACACCAGGUUUUGUGAGGACAUGUGUGUGCCGACCAAAACCUUCUGCACAUACAACAACAAUAAACCUUGGUUCACUGCUAAACUUAGGAUGCUUCGUCAGGCCAAGGAGGAGGCCUACAGAAGUGGGGACAGAGUCCUGUACAAUACUACCAGGAACUCACUGACAAAGGAGAUCAAAGUGGCAAAGAGGUGUUACACUGAGAAGCUGAAAAACAGGUUCUCAGCUAACGAUCCUGCGUCAGUGUGGAGAGGUCUACAAGAGCUCACCAACUACAGGAGACCAUCCCCCCACAUAGCAGCGAACCGUGAACUGGCUGACGACCUGAAUGUCUUCUACUGCAGGUUUGAGAAGCCAACAUUCACACCCAUCACUCGAUCCAACAUCAAACAACCCUCAUCUCCCCCUGCACCACCAUCACCCCUCCCUCCUGACCCCCCACCAUCACUCAGGAUCUGUGAAGAAGAUGUGUGUCAGCUCUUCAGGAAACAGAAGUCCAGGAAAGCUCCAGGCCCAGACGGCGUUUCACCCUCCUGUCUGAAGGUCUGUGCCGA